CACUGAAGUGCUUCUGAUGUACACGUUUGGCAAGAAGUCACGUAAAAGAAUAAACGGAGGGGCAAGUUUGAGUACUGAGUUUUAGACUGUUGAGCAUGGCAGAAUACAGUGCGUUGGCAACGGACCUGCUUGCUAACAAAAGCAGUCCGACACAGCCAAAUGUUCUGUCCAACCAACCAAAACCGUCUAUUGAAACCAGCCAAUCAGAAACUGUACUUGAAGUCACUUUCAGCGUAAUCGCUGCCUUAGCUUUCGUGCUUAAUUUCAUGUUUUGUAUUGUGCUGUUGAAGAAACCUUCCCUGAUGCGAAAGCCACACAACUUCCUCCUAUUUAAUUUGGCCAUCACAGAUUUACUCACAGGACUUACCUUGAUUGUAACACCAGGCUACGUGAGCAGACAAUCCUUGAUUCCGAUUUCUCGUGGAAUUGGUGGACACAUGUUCUGCGCACUAUUGGCCAACAGAUAUCUCCUGUUUACAAUCGCCAAGGUAUCCAUUUUACUCGUCACAUGCCUUGCUAUGGAACGCUGGUGCUGUGUGCUGAGACCGGUAAAGUAUAUGAUACACUUCAGCCGAAGGCGCCGUAUCGUCUAUGUAGUGGGAUCAUGGACACUGAGCUGCGCGCUACAAAUUCACAAAAUGUUUGAGAAAAGACUUGUCGGAAAUAAAUGCGAGACGGUCGAAGCUCCAUACGGUGAAACAGGUGCGCAGGCGUUAAUUGCAAUUUACGGCUUUGCAAACUUUAUAGUGCCGUGUGUUAUAACAUGGCUGACUUUUGCGCACAUCAAAUUUCGCUCACCGAACUCUCUUGGUGCUGGGCAGAAGAGCGACGGCAGACGAGUUCGACAGAAAACUGUACUACAGCUAUGUGCACUGACAGCUGCAGUCUUCACUCUGAGCUGGCUACCGGCCCAAGUCAGUUACACUUUGUUCCCCUUUGGAAUCACGGAUGUAUCAAGUUCGCUACACAAAUGGUGGAAUGCAAUUGCGUUUCUCAAUUCGUGCGUAAAUCCUUUGAUAUACUGGUAUUAUCAUAAAGAAUACAGAAACACAUUCUUUAAGCUCUUCUGUGGGUGUAAGGCACUGCAGUUUCAAGCUAUUAAACCUCAGCAUUGUACCGAUUCUGGAAGUCACGAUUUGCCGUUAAAUCACAAAACAGGUGAAUCACCGCCAUUGCAAAUGGUACCGUCCCCCUACAUAGACGAGAAUCGAGUGUAGUAGCCUUGCAACGAAGUGUCUUUCCCACGGAAACUUUGAUUUGCUUGACCCAGUCGUCUUUCCACGAUUCAUUAUCAUUGUUCCCUUCUUUCUUUGGUGGAGAAGAGGGCUCAACUGCAAGUUGGCAGUUUCCAGAAUCAACUUCAGAGAUUUUUCGGUCUAAAAGAUAGGGAAAUAGCAGUGUAAAAAAUUCCAUGAGGAAAAUGGAUCAUGUGCACCUCUCCCAGUUCUACAUCAUCAAGAAACAAACGGUACUUUCUUCAAACGUCUCUUUUAGAUUUGAACAGUUCAACUUUCGACGUCGCUCAUCUGGUCUUUAAGUUGUUGUUUCGGGAAUUCGAAGACGUUUCCAUGAAGAUGUGGUUUUGUUUGUCUGAAAGUUCUAGAAGUCUCCAGAUAUCAAAAGAAAAAAUUCAGUACCUCACGAACCGGAAUGUUGUAAUACAAGCUUGUUGGAUCGGGGCAUCAAGUAAAACGGUUUUUUAGAAAUCUUGUGCUGCUUCGCUCAUUGAUUUCUUUUUAAUCGUCCGAAUUUAAUUUUCUAAGGCGAUUAAAAUAAUUAUUAAAUUAA